AUGAAGUUCUUUGGGGGCAGCAAAAAGCAGUCGUCGACUUCCUCGUCCAAAAAGCACACUCCUAGCUCUAGCCUCGACGAGCGCGACUUCUUUCUGCACCAACCACAUCCGCAGUCGGAGCCUCCGUCGCCCACAAAGUCGUCCAGGAAUAACGUCAAUAAGUCGGCCGCGAAAAAAAGUCCUCGACCCACAUCAUACCGGGAAUCCAAGGGAACAGAAAACCCUUCUUCACCCUUGUCGUCGUCGGCAUCUACUCCACGGCACGCGCGGCUGUCCAGGCACGCCACCGAGCCCUCAACGUCUUCCUCACGACGCAGCAAAGUCGACUUUGACACACACCCGCUAAACCUGCCGCCCGAGGAGCGCCGUCGUCUAUCCAAGCUGUCCAAUUCCAACAUGAGUGACAAGAUGGACAUCGACUGUGAGCCAGUCAAUGGCGUCUCAUCGCCUGCUUCGCAGAAACAGAAUCAGCACAGCCAGAAUCCUUCUGCUCAGACAAACUUUUCGGUUCCAAUCACCAACGGCAACCAUCACGAUGAGGCCCCUGCGCCGCCGCCACACAAGUCGAACCCCUCUAGCCCUAUACCGACCCCCCAGGAUGAUGCAGAGGCAUACAAGGCGGCGGGUAACAGAUUUUUCAAGGAAAGGAAUUACACAAAGGCUAUCGAACAAUACUCCAAGGCCGUCGAUUUGUUCCCAGAUUCCUCCACCUAUCUGAGCAACCGAGCCGCCGCGCGCAUGUCCAACGGUCAAUUUGUCCUCGCCUUGGAGGACUGCAGCCGCGCCGCCGAUGUCGAUUCACAAAACGCCAAGAUUCUGCUACGGCUUGCCCGCAUCUACACUGCCCUAGGCCGGCCCGAGGAAGCCAUGACUACUUUUGGUCGAAUCUCACCAACGCCAACUGCCAAGGAUAUGGCCCCUACCAAAGAAAUGCUGCACCAUAUCAAUUCUGCCAAGGAGACGCUGGAUAGGGGAACGGCUGUUUCCAUGGUCUUGCAUGCAUUGGAUCAGGCCGAGCGCGGACUGGGGCCUGGCGUGACGAAACCUCGCAAGUGGCAACUCAUGCGUGGAGAGGCAUAUCUCAAAAUGGGUCGUGAAAACGCUCUUGGCGAGGCUCAGAACAUUGCCAUGUCACUGUUACGUAGCAACAGUCAGGAUCCCGAGGCCCUCGUUCUCCGAGGGCGAGUUCUCUACGGACAAGGCGAUAACGAAAAGGCCGUCCAGUCGUUCCGCAUGGCGCUCAGCUGCGAUCCCGACUUCCGCGAUGCUGUCAAGUGGUUGAAGACUGUGCAGAAGUUGGACCGGAUGAAGGAGGAGGGUAACGGGGAAUUCAAGGCAGGUCGAUGGCGGACUGCCAUUGACAAGUACUCGGCUGCCCUUGAAAUCGAUCCGUGCAACAAGAACAUCAACGCGAAGCUUCUCCAGAAUCGAGCUCAGUGCAAAAUCAAGCUCAAACAGUACCACGGCGCCAUUGCUGAUGCCGAGAAGGCCAUCAGCCUCGAUCCUAGCUAUACCAGGGCUAGGAAGACCAAGGCAAAUGCAUUGGGCCAGUCUGGAAACUGGGAAGAGUCCGUGCGCGAAUGGAAGUCAAUUCAGGAGCUUGACCCAGAGGACCGCACUAUACCAAAGGAGAUUCGAAAAGCCGAGCUUGAGCUGAAGAAGAGUCAGCGAAAAGACUACUACAAGAUCAUGGGUUUGGAGAAGGAUUGCGGUCCUGAUGAUAUCAAGAAGGCUUAUCGCAAAAUGGCCAUCAAGCUGCAUCCUGACAAAAACCCAGAUGACCCCGAGGCGGAAGCCAAGUUUAAGGAUAUGCAAGAAGCCUAUGAGACCUUGAGCGAUCCCAAGAAAAAGGCUUCCUAUGACAACGGCGACGAUCUCCUUGAUCCGGCAGACAUGUUUGGCGGCGGCGGUAUGGGCGGAGGCAUGGGUGGCAUCGACCCUGAGAUUCUGUUCAGCAUGAUGGGCAACCAGGGCGGUUUCGGCGGUGGCGGACCCCGACAUGCCGGCGGCUUCCCUGGCAACGGUGGUUUCCCAGCAGGGGCCACGUUCAGCUUCGGCAACGGUGCCGGCGCCCAUGCACGAGGCGGAGGGUUCCCUUUCCAGUGA